GUACAUUCCUGCGUUACAUGCAGAAGUGUUUGUGGAUCUAAACAGCAAAACUAAGAAUGGAGCUGAGUAGCAUUUUAAUUUAUGUUGCAGCAUACCUGACAAUUCAAUAUGGAGUCCAGGCGCUGGCCGAGUAUGAAUCUGUUGCUAAACCUGGGAAUCCACUAAUUGUCACAAGUGUGUGCAAAAACUUGUGUGUCUGUAGCAACACAAAUACACUCACGUUGACCCUGAAGCCACCAAUACAGAGAGACAUAUUCCUCUUCGGUGAUGUGAUCUUGCAGGCUGUUGUUUCUGGAAAUGAACACAAAGUAGUGGAAGAUGCUAAAGUGUCAUGCAGAGUGGAGAAUGAACCUGUAAAUCUACUCAUUUCUAGGGAGAUUUCAGAGGUUCAGAAAAUCUAUAAUUUCACUGUUAAUAGAGAUAAAUGGUUUGAUGGAAAAGUUGUCACUUGUACCAUUGGUGACACAAACAUCAAGAAGGAGAUCUUUUUUAAUAAAGGAGAUUCAAAGAGACCCAGUGUUAUCAUUUAUGAAAAAAGCAUUGGCAACAAUGCUGCACAUGUCUCUCUGGUAUGUGAGGUCACCAGCCCUCAACUUGGUGAUGUUUAUAUCAUGUGGAAAAUAGAUAAUGAAGUAUAUAAAGAGGGUUAUACCAGUGCUCCAAUCCAUCGAAAGGACUCCACAUCUGUCAGCAGCUUCUUUGAAGUGUCUGAUAAACAAUACGAAGAAUCUACAAUUUCUUGCGCAAUCAUCCAUGCCAACAUGGACAAUAAAAGAUCACCAUUAGUAAUAACAGCAAUCAAACGUAAACCAACAUGUCCUCCUUGCCCUGAUCGUUAUAAUGAUUAUUACUAAUAUUUUCAAUAUGAUUAUGUCUUUGGCUCAGUUUGUCUGACAUGUUUUUAUAUGGUUGAUCCUCACAAUGUUACAUAUUAUAAAUUUUUGGUUGUGUGCAUUUGUUGUGUUUGUAUCACUGUACAGCAUGGGUCAAACACCACACCAAUAUUAAAUUACAGCCAAAAUAUACAUUUAAAAUGUUAUUGCAUGUUAGGUAAAAAUGUAAAACAAACAUAUUUUAUUUCAAUGUCUAAUAUGUAAAAAAUUGUCUUAAAUAUACUGUUUUAUGUUUAUCCUUUGCUUAUUGUGUCACUGUUUUUUUCAUAAUUAUUUUCACGCAGUCUAAUGCUGUCAUUUUCAUACUCACUGUCCAGCAUUUAUCCAAUACUAAAAAGAUGUUCUGAGAAUGGGUGAUACUGACAAUAAAUCAUUAUU